AGUCAGCGCGUGUCAAGUCAACUGUCGGGAAGAGACGGUCCGGUUUCAUCCGUUCCCGCCUCCCGCAAGGAGCCGUGCUCCCCACCCGCCAGGAGCUUUACUUCCCUUUCCACCUGGCGCCGUCGGUCGAUGCCGUUGUGUUUUGUGGCGCGGCGUCGUGGUGGUCCGUCGCCGUGCCUGGAGGGAGGGCUGAGGGGUGUCGCCAGUCGGGGCCGGUGUGGAUGUCGCGUGGCCGCUACUGUUGACGAGGUGUUCAACGGGAACGGUCGUGCCAGGGCCGAGCUGGACUGGAUGUGAUAUGAAGACGUAAUUCACGGAUGUAGUGACGACGGAUAGUGCAGAAAGUGAAUUGGGAAGGUGAAGUGGCCGGAUUAUUGAGUCAGUUGUGUGAAGUAAGAAUCGCACCUGUGAAAGCUCAGCAUCGAGUUCGCUACCUGGCUGCCAAACUAUCGUCUGUUCUGUGCCAAACUAUCGUCCGACCAUGUCGCCCUCUCUGGCCACCCUCUCACUCUGUCUGGCUCUGCUCUCUCCCGCCUCGUCUCUCCUCUAUCCCCGCGCGUCCGAGUCCCGUGACCUGGUCUCCUUAGACGGCAUCUGGCAGUUCAGGGUCUCUCCGCCGGGAGACCCGAACGCCGGCUUCCGCGAGGCCUGGUACUCGGCGCGCCUGUCCGAGAGCGGCACGACCAUCCCGAUGCCGGUGCCCUGCAGCUUCAACGACAUCACUGCCGACGACGAGAUCCGCAACUACAUCGGCUGGGCGUGGUACGACCGCGAGCUGUACGUGCCGUCCGCCUGGUCGGACCGGCGCGUCGUGCUCAGGUUCGGCAGCGUCAACUACAACGCCGUGGUCUGGGUGAACGGCCACUCGGCCGGCUCCCACGAGGGCGGCCACCUGCCGUUCGAGCUCGAGGUGACGUCUCUGCUGAACAUGGGAGCUGCCAACUGGCUGACGGUGGCCGUGAACAAUACACUGGACCUGGAGACUAUCCCCCAGGGAAAGAUCACCUUCAAGAAUGACACAACACGCUACCCGGAUGGCUUCUUCGAGCAAUCGUACAACUUCGAGUACUUCCAUUACGCCGGCAUCCACCGCUCCGUGCAGCUGUUCACCACGCCGCUGGCGGUCCACAUCAAGGACAUUACCAUCACGACCAACUUCUCUACGGACCCCAGCGGUCUGCGGACCGCUUUCGUCAGCUACGAGGUCGAUGUGGUGAGGUCAGCGAAGGCCUCGGCCAGGUCGAGCCUGGUCAAAAUCCGGGACCAGCGCGGACGAGCGGUGCACUUCAAAAGCCUUCCACUUUUGCCAAAGUACGGCCGUAUCCGAGGGAUGGUCACAAUCCCGAACGCUACCCUCUGGUGGCCCGUGGGGAUGGGAGAGACCCCAGGGUUCCAGUAUACACUCGAGGUCGUCGAAACUGCCGACACUGCCACCAGACGCGGCGCCGCCGCAGAGGUGGACGUCUACCGUCAGCUGUUCGGCGUGCGGACGGUAACCUGGGAUUCGAACCGGCUCUACGUCAACAACCGUCCGUUCUACUUCCGUGGCUUCGGUAAACACGAGGACGCCAACAUCGUGGGCCGAGGUCUGAGCCUGCCCCUCAUCAUGCGCGACAUCAACCUCAUCCUCUGGAGCGGCGCCAACUCGUUCCGCACCUCCCACUACCCGUACGCCGAGGAGCUGCUCGACCAAACCGACGCCGCUGGCAUCGUCGUCAUAGACGAAAGCCCCGCCAUCGGCCUGGAGGGCUUCGGCGCGACGCUGCUCGCCAAGCACAAGCGUGUGAUGGAGGAGCUGGUGGCUCGCGACAAGAACCGCCCCUCGGUACUGGUCUGGUCGCUGGGUAACGAGCCUCAAUCGGCCGAGGAGGCCGCCGGGCCGUACUUCAAAGCCGUGUACGAUCACACACGGGCGCUCGACCCGACCCGGGCCAUCACCACGGUGGUGUCUGUCGGUGCCGACAAGGACCAGGCGUCGGCAUCGAUGGACCUCGUCCUCAUCAACCGCUACUUCGGCUGGUACUCGGACAGCGGCCGGGCCGAGGUCAUCGAGCGUCAAAUGCUGACCGAAGCAGCUGCCUGGCACUGGACGUUCGGGAAACCCCUGGUCGUCUCGGAAUACGGCGCCGGCAGUGUGGCGGGUCUCCGCGACCUCCCCGCCUUCAUCUGGACGGAGGACUACCAGGCUGAGUUCCUGCGCCAGUACCACAAGGCGUUCGACAAGCUCAUCAGCACGGAGACGUGGUUCGCUGGAGAGAUGGUGUGGAACUUUGCCGACUUCGCCGUGCCGCGCGAGUACAUCCGGCCGCAGUUCUGUAUGAAGGGGAUGUUCACCAGGGAGCGGAAGCCCAAGCUGGCCGCCUACGUCCUACGGGACCGCUACACUCGGCUGGCGGAGCUGGAGGCGGCCAGGUGGACCCCGAAGGCCUGAUUUGCUCACUUGACAGCCUCCAGUGCCGUGCUUUGAAUCAUGGAAAGAUUGAUGCCCCGCACUGCGUGACGAUGGCUUGAUGUUAUGAUUCGUGUCGGGCGUGGUUUGUUUCUUCUUGCAUGUGCUACAGGUGAAAUAGUUGUCUUUGCUGAAAAAAUUAAGGUUAAAAAAUUAACGUUCGUCAAGGGUUUUGCUAUUAUGAUGCAAUUGCAAAGAGCCUAGAUGCGACCAAGUGUUAACGGGUGUGAAAAAUGAAUUACGUUCCAUUGUCUUUUAUCCUUGGCGUUCUCUUCUCAACACUCAUUCACAUCCCUGCUGUAACCAAGGAUGGAAUGCAA